UAAACGAAGGAAAGUAUAGCAUGAGCAGUAUGGAUGCAUAAACGAAGGAAAGUAUAGCAUGAGCAGUAUGGAAGAGGAUAAUACACUAGGAAACAAAGAAGAAAAAUGGAUUAAGCACUACAGCAGUAGUCACAAAAUUCUUCUUGUGGGAGAAGGAGAUUUCUCCUUUUCUUCAUGCUUAGCAAAUGCUUUUGGCUCUGCAACCAACAUGGUUGCUACUUCUCGGGACCCCAGAGAGGUGUUGCUGAGCAAGUACACACGAGCAGAGGAAAAUCUCAAAGAUUUGGAGGAUUUGGGAUGCAACAUUUUGCAUGGAAUAGAUGCUCACACAAUGAGUGAACAUGUUUUCCUCAAACAGAAAGUGUUUGACAAGAUAGUUUUUAAUUUUCCACAUUCUGGUUUCAAUACUGUUUUUCGUGAACAUGACUCGUGGCUGAUUAGGCGCCACCAGGACUUGGUAAGGGGCUUCUUAAGGAGUGCAAAGAAAAUGCUUGCAGAAAAUGGUGAGGUGCACAUAACUCAUAAGACUGCUUACCCAUUUAGUAAGUGGGAGAUAGAGGAGUUGACGGAGAAGGAGGGUUUGUCCUUGGUUGAGAAAGAAGCAUUUAAUCGAUCGGACUACCCAGGGUAUCAAAAUAAGAGAGGGGAUGGAAUGCCAUGUGAUCUAGCAUUCCCUGUUGGACAAAGCAGCACAUUCAAGUUUAACAAGGCAUCAGAGAAAGUGUAGCUAGAUAGACCAUUCUAAUUUGUCUGAAACUCGAGGAUUCUCAAUUGGAAUGUAGAGAGACUUGCGUUUGCUUUAAUGUUAACUUAUCUACUACCGAGAAGAAUAAGGAAUGUUGUUAGCA